GAUAGUGUGAUAGAGUGAUAGUGUGAAAUUGGCUACGUUUUGGGGUUCUUGGCAUCAUGGCUACAUUUUGGGGUGCACUCCUCAUCUGUAUGACCUUUGCCCUCAGCACAUCAGCUGGGGCAGGUCAGGUCCCGGAGCAGGCCAAAGAAGCCGCAGACUACGCCUUAAACAUCUACAACCACAAUUCCAAGGAGGAGUUUCUCUUCAAGCUUUUGAACUACAACUACCAGACGAUUCAGGUCAUUGCGGGGACCGAGUAUGUCAUUGAGGCUGAACUGGAGCUCACUAACUGCAGGAAGCAAGAAGAACCCCAACACUGUCCCCAGAACAGUGCAAGAAGCAACCUGAUGCGGAAGCAGUGUCGUUUCGUAGUGGUGGUUAUUCGUCAAAACAAAGGAGUGCUGCAAUCUAUCUGCAAAGAAUAACCUGUCUGCAUCUUCAGGAAUUUAUUCUCCACUUAUUUUUGUCUUUAGAAAUGAAAAUUAAAACUGUUAUGUAGGCCUAUAAGCCUUUUGGGGGGGGAAAAUGCAAUUGUCUGAAUACAUAGGCCUACAUUAUGGACAAUACAUAACUCACUCAAUAAA